CCUCUGCUGUCCAAGCGCUUUGGUGCAGGGAUAGCUGCCGUCUUCAGUCAAUCCAAUGCAGGCUCUCCAGAGAAGGCUGGCUCUAGACAGGUGGUAUAUACGAUAGUAUAGUAACUGGCCGACUGCUUCUUGUGGUGAUCUUUGACUUUUUUUUCUUGUUCAUUUUUUUGUUGUGCUUUGACGAUUGUAUUUAUUAGAUUUUAUAACUGUCUUAACUUAAAUUUUGUCACUUUAAAACUGCUGUACCUGUGUAUUAAAGGUGUGCUAUCUUUUUCUUUGCAAAACUGUAAGGGGUGGAGGGGGUGGGGUUCAAAAGUGUGACAGACUGGUUAACUGGGGUCCAGAUUGCUAAUAGUAAGUAGCCUGUGGGCCAGUUUUGUCUUGGCUCAGACAUACGUUGCUAGAAAUUCUUUAGUUGCACUUUUUCAGCAACAGCCUAUAGUCUGGUAAAAGGUACACACCUUUAAACUUUGAUAUACUUAAGUAUUGUAAAUUUCAAGUACAGCAAUAAGUACAAAUAUUCUUUUUAAAUGUUCUUAAUUGUUUUGUAUUUUAGGACUUUUAUUUUAAGGAAAGUAAAUUGGGCACAUUUAUUGUUUGUGGCUGUUUUGAUUAAAGAAGAAAAUCACUGUAGCUAAAAUGUUUAAAAUCAUCUGUUUACUGGCCAAAAAAAAAAAAAAAGUAAUGGCUUCUACUGACCAAAAAGUGUACAAUUACCUUGUAGUGUGGGAUUUCCCAGAGUCUGAUGGUGACUUUAUUUUGUUGUUAAUUGAUGCUUAGAGCAACACCUUUUGUAGCCAGAUAGAGUGCCUUCCUCAUUUACAAUUUUAACAGUUUAAUGUAAUUCUUAACUUGUGGGUGGGCAGUAUGUGCUUAAUGCUGCCCUGAGGUUCAGGGAGAGAUAGGAUAGAGAUCACAGUAUUGAUGGUCUGGCCCACAACUGAUGGUUGAACACAAGGGGAAUCCAUUGGUAUACUUUGAAAACUCUUAGGAGUUGUAACUCAUAACUUAAAAGUUUUGUUCUCCUGGGGUCAACCCUUAUCUUUCACCAUACUUGAUCUACAGCCAGAUGCCCAAGUUCUGGUUUUAGUAUAUUAAAUUUUAAGUGCCUUUCUCUGAAGGAAUAUGUUAAAAAUGUAGUGAAUUAAUAUUUUACAUUCUGUUUAGAUACAAGCCCUUUGUACUUUGAUUAAUAACUUUUAAAUUGCAAUAUAGUUUUAAAAUGUGCUUACUGACUGUGAAACUUCCAGUAUUUUAUUGCCAUUGUCUGAUUUUGUGAAUGUUCAUUUUAAGACUCCUUUUGAAAUGGGACAAUUUGGAAACGAUUCUUUGAUAAACCUGCGAAGAGGAUUUCACUUUGGGUAUUGAGCCUUCCUCUGCAUGAUGUUCCCAUAUAUCCGAAUUACGCACAAGGGCGUUUUUCCCAUCAAAAUGGAUUCUGUUCCGGAUGCUGUGAAAUCAGUCCGUCAUGGGAAAUGGACAGGUUGAAAAACAAAAACAAACAAACAAAAAAACCCAAACAUUUUUCUGAUGCAAAGGAACUACAGGGAAGAGGAUGGCUAAACUCAGAAGAACUCCAGAAGGGACCAGUGCUCAGCUGUUGGCUUGAGUUUGCAUGCUUCUCUGCACUACGGAGAUUGAGCAUAAAUUCCUUUAAUCAAAUACUUUUAACCACUAUGGAACUAUAUGAAUGAUAGCCUUCGAACAGAUGUCUUUGUAAGGUUCCAGCCAGAAAGCAUUGCCUGUGCUUGCAUCUAUCUUGCUGCCAGGACAUUAGAGAUUCCUCUUCCUAAUCGUCCUCAUUGGUUUCUGUUGUUUGGGGCAUCUGAGGAAGAGAUCCAAGAGAUCUGCUUAAAAAUUUUGUUGCUCUAUACUCGGAAAAAGGUUGAUCUGACAUAUUUAGAAAGUGAAGUCGAAAAGAAAAAACAUGCUAUUGAAGAGGCAAAAGCCCAAGCUAAAGGCCUGCUUGCUGAUGGGACUCCCAUUUUAGACAACACAUCGGGCUUUUCCCCUGUUCCUAAAAUAGAAUCCCCCAAAGAAAGCAAAGGAAAUAAACCUUCCCCACUUUCUGUGCAAGCAAUGAAGAACGCCAAAAGAAAAAUGGAGGGCACCAAGAGGGCCAAAUCCAACAGUCCCGUGAAUGGCUUGCCAAAAGGCAGAGAAAGUCGAAGUCGCAGCGGAAGCCGAGAUCAGAGCUACUCGCGGUCGCAGUCCAGAUCUGCCUCCCCUAAGAGGAGAAAAAGUGAAAGCUGUUCAACGUCCAGUGGUUCAAAGUCCCAGAGCCGCUCUCGGAGCCGCAGCGAUUCUCCCCCAAGACAGGCCAACCAUGGUGGUUCUUACAAGGGCUCCAAGAUCAGGAACUAUAAAAAAUCAAAGGACUAUAAGUAUGCAGCCCAGAAACCCCGGAAGUCUCGAAGCCGGAGCUCAUCACGCUCUAGAAGCCGAUCCAGGGAGCGCUCAGAUAACUCUGGGAAAUACAAGAAGAGUCACUACUACAGGGAUCAGAGGCGCGAGCGUUCUCGGUCUUAUGAGCGAGCUGGCCAUCGCUAUGAGCGAGAACACCCUGGACACAGCAGGCACAGGAGAUGAGGCCUGGACAGGCAUCUGCAGGUGUGGUUCCUUGUCCCUUUGGGUGUAGACAGGGCCUCAGCUCCCUUCUUUCCCAUUGCCUGGGUGAGUUGGUGUCUGGACUGACUUGACCAUCAUCUCUGCUUUAUUUGUUCCUUAACUUGUUGAGCAUAAAUUUAAAGGGAAAUGGUCUAUUUAACGGACAUGGUAACGAAACUGAAGAUAGAAUCAGGUAGACAGGUUGGUUCCCCCAGCAGCUGUCUGAUUGGGCAUCCGGGCCUGUCCUUGAAAGCUGGCACUGGGUCCAUCCCUGUAACAAGUGUUAGUCCUAGAACAGACGGAUGGGUGGCCACAGCCUCCUCUACCAAGAUUGAGAGUGGAGCUCCUCCUUGUUUCACUCCGACUCUGAACAGCCCUUCUGGAUAGAGCUGGAAGAAAGCUCAAAUGUUUAUUUAAUUAAACUGUUGGUGUAGCUUGGUGCUAACUACAAGCUGUCUUUUUUUGCCCAUACUGAAACUCAAUUACGUUAAACCAAGAAAAGUGAUUUUUAGAACUUCUGCCUAUAUUAGGUUGUACUUGUGUAUAUAUUUUGCAGUGUUUAACAGUACAAUAUGGUAAUAUGGCCUUACUAGGUACCCUUACACUUUAUCCACAUUGUAAAUAAACAUGUGUUUAAUACAAGUUAAAGCUAUUAUACUGAAAAUUCAGAACUUGAAUUCUGUCAACUUAAAACUUGUGUAGAGAAUUCUGAUUUAAAAAUGUGAAGUAUUUAGAUCUGUGUAUUGAAAGUAGUCUAUUUUUAUCUGUGCAAUGCUGAGUGCAGGACACCAGCUCAUGAAUAGAGAAGUUUCAUAUAUAUGCAUUUUAUGUGGUUUAAAAAAAAAAAAAACUCUCUACUCAGGAUAUUUGAAACUUUGAAGAAUUCGUAGUUUGUCAUUCUGCUUGCUUGUUAAAACAGAAGAUGUAAGAAAUGAGGAGUACACAGCCAGCAGUAUCAGUUUUAGUGGUAUAUCUGAGCUGUUUCUUUCCCUGCUCCCUAAUUCCAUUAAAGUAUUUGAUUUUGUAUUUA